GAAAAGUUAUCUGAGUUCGGUAUUGGCGCGGAAAGUGGAAAAUGAACAAGAAAAACAUUCAUUGUUCAACGUUGUCAAAAAUACAAAGAUCAAAUCCAGUGAAUGCCUACAAUUUUGUCGUAAACAUUGUUGAAUUAAUUGCUCAAUUUGACAGAUUUCCAUCGGCCAUUUCUAAUUUCAAUCAAUUCAAGAAUCGAUUUUGUUCAAAUCUGAGGACUAAUCGCGGCAAAGAUGACGGGAAAAAUAGGCGAACGAAAGAAAUCUCGAGGCUUUUUAUUGUUCAUUUUGAUGAUAGCAUUGGGGGUGGUUGCGUUCGCUGUAGUGCUUACUUACACCAAGAAAUUUGUGUAUGGAACAGGUAUCGUCUCUAAGAAAUAUGGCGAUGCUCUAAAGAUCGCUAUGCAGUUCUUCGAUGUCCAAAAAUCUGGAAAGUUGGAGAACAAUAAGAUAAUAUGGAGGGGAGAUUCAGCUUUAAAUGAUGGGAAUGAAGAAGGUGUUGAUCUUUCGAAAGGAAUGUAUGAUGCAGGAGACCAUAUGAAGUUUGGAUUCCCAAUGGCAUUUACAGCUACUGUUCUUUCGUGGGCCAUACUCGAAUAUGGUGAUCAAAUGGAAGUAGUGGAUCAAUUGCAACCUGCUAAAGAAUCACUUAAAUGGAUCACUGAUUACCUUGUUAAUGCUCAUCCUACAUCUAAUGAGCUUUAUAUCCAGGUUGGCGAUCCAGUGAAGGACCAUAAAUGUUGGGAUAGACCUGAAGACAUGACUGAAAAAAGACCUAUAAAAAAAGUCAACCCUUCAGCCCCAGGGUCAGAUGUGGCGGCUGAAACAGCAGCAGCCAUGGCUUCCGCAUCACUAGUGUUCAAGUCUAGCAAUUUGAAAUAUUCAAAGUUGCUGUUGAGUCAUGCUGAGGACUUGUUUUCUUUUGCUAAUGAGAAUAGAGGGAGUUAUAGCGAAAGCAUCCCUGAAGUUGAAGAUUAUUACAAUUCAACCGGUUUUGGUGAUGAGCUUUUGUGGGCAGCUAGUUGGCUUUAUUAUGCAAGUAAAGAUAGAAAGUAUCUUGAAUUUGUAACGGGUGAAGAUGGAGAAAAGUUUGCUAAUUGGGAAACUCCUACUUGGUUUAGUUGGGAUGACAAGCUUCCUGGAACUCAUGUUUUGUUGUCAAGGUUAAGCUUCUUUGGUCCUGAAGUUGUAGCAGAAACAGAAAACAUGGAUAUGUAUAGAAAGUCAGCUGAAGCAGUCAUGUGCAGCCUUUUGCCAGAUUCUUCAUCCGCAACAUCAAGCAGAACAAAAGGUGGUCUAAUAUGGGUGAGCAAGUGGCAUUCGUUGCAACAACCUGUAGCUUCUGCAUUUUUAGCUGUUUUAUUUAGCGAUUAUAUGAUUUCAUCGGAUACUUCAAAACUCGAAUGUAAUUCAGAUUCCUUCUUACCAUCCGAUCUCCGCAUGUUUGCCAUGUCACAGGCGGAUUACGUAUUGGGAGACAAUCCAAUGAAGAUGAGUUAUCUUGUCGGAUACGGUAACAAAUACCCGCAAUAUGUACACCAUAGGGGAGCCUCGAUACCUGCUAAUGUGAAAACCGGUUGCAAAGAUGGUUACAAGUGGCUCGAAUCCAAGGAACCAAACCCUAAUGUUGCAACCGGUGCACUUGUUGGUGGGCCCUCCAAAGCCGAUAACUAUAUAGAUUCGCGUAAUAACUCCAUGCAAGGUGAACCAAGUACGUAUAAUACCGCAGUUCUUGUUGGGCUCCUUUCGGGAUUGGUGUCAGUUUCAUCGGUACCUAAAUCAUUCAAGUGAAACAUCGCAUGCUCUUUUCAUACAAACAGAUAAGGGUUCGAGUUUCAAAAGGUCCAACGUGAGAGUUUGAGUUUAAAUAUAAAUUGGGCUUCAAGUGGCAGUGUCAACCAGCUGAGACAUUGUGCACCUGAUUUAUAUCUUAUAUGAUACUAAAGGGAAACCGAGAUGAGACGGUAUCCUAGAGUUUGAGAUUGUUGGAAGGAUAACACAUAUACAUAUUGGCGAAUGUGAUUAUAUAAAUUAUAUUAUUUGUGUGUGAUUCUAACUAACUAAAUAAGAAUAAGG